AUUUGGAGUCGGCAUUGUAUCGUCAUCAAUGCAAUAAAUGAAAUGAGAAAAAGGGUAGAUAAAUAUGUCUGUUGUGUUUGUCUAGGGACUCGCAGUUGCGAUUUCUACCAAGCGAUAUCUCUGGACUCCGCAUAUCCCCCUUUUUCUCUUGGUGAUCAUCAACCCAUUUAGGGAUUUCCGUUUUCAUUUGAAGAAGAAAUGGAGGGAGUGGAUUACUUGAGUGACGAGAGGAAUAAGGCACAGUUCGAUGUGGAAGCCAUGAAAGUUGCUUGGGCUGGCUCUCGGGAAACACUUGAAGUAUCUGAUCGUAUGGCCAAGCUCGUUGCUAAUGAUCCCGCCUUUGAGAAGUUUACAAGACCUAUGCUUGGUAGGAAAGAGCUGUUCAAGAACACGCUUAAAAAAGCUGCAUAUGCAUGGAAGUUGAUUGUUAAUCUUCGUCUAUCUGAAGAAGAAGCCAAAUGUUUGCGAUUUUAUAUUGAUGAGCCUGCUUAUACUGAUCUUCACUGGGGAAUGUUCAUCCCAGCUAUAGAAGGACAAGGCACCGAGGAACAAAAACAGAAAUGGUUGCCAUUGGCUCAAAAGAUGCAAAUUAUUGGUUGUUAUGCUCAAACAGAACUUGGUCAUGGCUCCAAUGUGCAAGGUCUUGAAACAACUGCAACAUUUGAUCCCCAAACAGACGAGUUUGUCCUUCACAGUCCUACUUUAACUUCAAGCAAAUGGUGGCCUGGUGGAUUGGGGAAAGUGUCAACACAUGCUGUCAUUUAUGCUCGCCUCAUAGUAAAUGGUCAAUUCCAUGGAGUUCAUGGCUUUAUUGUCCAACUAAGGAGCUUGGAAGAUCACUCACCUCUUCCUGGAAUUACUGUUGGUGAUAUCGGACUGAAGUUUGGAAAUGGAGCAUAUAACACCAUGGACAAUGGUGUCUUAAGAUUUGAUCAUGUGCGUAUACCGAGGAACCAAAUGUUAAUGAGGGUGUUACAGGUUACAAAGGAAGGAAAAAUCAAGCAAUCUGAUGUUCCUAGACAACUCAUUUAUGGGACAAUGGUGUAUGUUAGGCAAACAAUUGUAGCAGAUGCUUCCAAAGCAUUAUCUCGUGCUGUUUGUAUUGCCACAAGAUAUAGUGCUGUUCGCAGACAGUUUGGCUCACGUAAUGGUGGGCCCGAGACACAGGUGAUUGAUUAUAAAACUCAGCAAAGUAGACUCUUCCCUUUGCUGGCUUCUGCUUAUGCCUUUAGAUUUGUGGGGGAGUGGUUGAAAUGGUUGUACAUGGAUGUGAAGCAAAGAUUAGCAGCUAAUGACUUCUCAACUUUGCCUGAGGCACAUGCAUGUACUGCAGGGUUGAAGUCCUUGACAACUACUGCUACAGCUGAUGGAAUUGAAGAAUGUAGAAAACUAUGUGGUGGGCAUGGGUACCUUGUUAGUAGUGGGCUUCCUGAACUUUUUGCUGUUUACAUUCCUGCUUGUACAUAUGAAGGGGACAAUGUUGUCCUUCUCCUACAGGUUGCAAGGUUUUUGGUGAAGACAGUCUCUGAGCUUGGGUACAAAAAGCCAGUUGGGACAACAGGUUAUAUGGGACGAGCAGCAGAUCUGCUGCAAAAUAAUUGUGCCAUUCAAACUGUUGAGGAGUGGCUAAACCCUGAUGCGGUUGUGGAAGCAUUUGAGGCUAGGGCUGCUAGAAUGGCUGUUAGCUGUGGUCAACGGUUAGCCAAGUUUGAGAAUCCAGAAGAAGGUUUUGCAGAACUAGCGGCUGAUCUAGUGGAGGCAUCAGUUGCGCACUGCCAAUUAAUUGUUGUGUCCAAGUUCAUUGAGAAAUUGCAGCAAGAGAUCCCUGGAAAAGGAGUGAAAGAGUCGUUAGAGGUGCUGUGUUAUGUGUAUGCAUUGUUCCUUGUUCACAAGCAUCAAGGUGAUUUUUUGGCCACUGGGUAUCUUACCCCUAAACAGGCCUCACUUGCUAACGAUCAGCUCAGAACUUUGUACUCUAAGGUGCGUCCAAAUGCGAUAGCAUUGGUUGAUGCAUUUAACUACACGGAUCACUACCUGGGUUCGAUUCUUGGGCGUUAUGAUGGGAACGUGUAUCCAAAACUUUAUGAGGCUGCUUGGGAGGAUCCUCUCAAUGACUCAGAUGUGGCGGAUGGAUUCCAUCAAUAUGUCCAACCAAUCCUCAAACAGAAGCUGCACUCUGCUAAGCUAUAAUAAUAGUAAUAAUAUCAUAGCAACUGCUGCAGACUAAAUUAGUUGUUAAAAGACUAUUGGGUGUGCUGCUUGCAAGAUUAAAAUUUAAAACUAUAUAUGCUGCAUCAGACUUAUGUAUGUAUGACUAUAAAAUUUUACUUGGUUUUCUUUAAAGGAAGUCAUUUCCAAA